UAGUUUAAAAAGUAGCUCUUGUUUAUGGUAAAGAUCAUUUUUCUCAAUCUUUCCCAUUUUCCAGAAGGGAAAUAAUAUGUCUAUCCCAUAUAGUGGUACGAUACGACGUUCUGGAGGUGUAGUAUCAGCAAUUGGAAAACAAUUACGGGGAGUUAAUCUCAAAGCAGCGAAACGAAUAACUGUGAAGUUUGAUCCAUUCGGAGAAAAUGUUACACACACUAGGAACUUCUUACAUUAUUUAAGCUCACCCAAAAUCAUUCUCACAAAUCCUAAUUGUUCUCUCAAAACAGAAAUUGUCUGUGACCGAAGUGAGCCUACAAUUGAUAUUGCUCUAGUGCCUUCUAUAGCUGAAACAGCAAAACUUAACAAAGUAACUUUUAAAUCUGGGAAUUUAACUUGUUUGGAAUUACUACAAUUAUUAAAUAAACAUAUAUCAUCAUUAGCACCGGAAGAUCAGAUAACAAAUACUAUACAAACAAAAUUAGAGAAAAAAAAAGGUAAAAAGAAGUGAUUCAAAAUGACAAAAUCAACAAAAGGAAAUCUUCAUGUGGUGGAAGAGAUUUACAAUCAAAUACCAGCAUUUACUGAUGUUUUCUCCGAAGACACUUUCUAUAUAUUUGUUGCAAUAUUUGUUUCUUGCACUAUCAUGGUUGCUUUUGUUUUAUCUAAAUUUGUUACUAUAAAGCCUGUAGAGUAAUGUAGUGUUAUCAAAAUUAAUAAACAAGAAUUUUAAAUGUAAA